AACUACGGCGGAAGUGGGUUUUCUAUCUUCAGAAUGGAGGAUGUUAUCGCGAAGUACGUGUCCCAGAAAGUUAGUAAGGCCCGCUGGCGGCCUGUAUCUGCUAUUGCCUUGCAGCCCCCUGAGGUCUUCGCUACCGGGUCGUGGGAUAACGAGGAAAAUAAGAUUUCCGUCUGGUCUGUUGAAGACUUUGGAAGCUUGACCCCAAAUGGAGAAUAUCAUGGAGAACCACAUCUGCUAUGUGAUAUCGAACACAGUGGGGAUGUUAUGGACAUGCAGUUUUUGGAUCAGGAGAGAAUUGUGGCUGCUUCAUCCACUGGAAGUGUGACCAUAUUCAGACAUCAUCAAAAUAAUCAGACUCUCUCUUUAAACCAGAAAUGGGAAUGUGCACAUUACUAUGAUGUAUCCCGUGGCAGUGCAUCGUGCACUGGGAUCAUAUGCAACAGCCCUGAAAUUUUUACUGUUGGUGAAGAUGGCAGGAUAAAUGUGUUCACAGCUGAACAUAAGGAAGCUGUACGUACUAUAGACAAUGCUGAUAGCAGUACACUCCAUGCAGUUACUCGACUUCGCACAACAGAGAUCCUGACAGUCAGUUCCAUUGGUCAGCUAAAAAUAUGGGAUUUCAGACAGCAAGGAAAUGAGCCUUCGCAAAUAUUUUCAUUGACAGGGGAAAGAGUUCCACUGCACUGUGUUGAUAGGCAUCCCAGUCAGCAGCACAUUGUAGCUACAGGUAGCCAAGAUGGAAUGCUGAGUAUUUGGGAUGUAAGACAAGGCAGCAUACCAGUUUCUUUGCUAAAUGCUCAUGAAGCAGAAUUGUGGGAAAUACAUUUUCAUCCUUCCAAUCCUGAUCAUCUGUUCACUUGUUCAGAGGAUGGAUCUCUGUGGCAUUGGGAUGUGUCUGAAAGAAAAUCUUUUCUUCAUACAGGUGGGAGAAGUACUACGUAUCUGCCUCACAGAGCAGUUAAUCAAUCUGUAAUAAGCGCCUGGCUAAGCAGUGAUCCAACUAAAGACCGCAUGGAGAUCACAAAUUUAACUUCAAACCCAACAUUAUCUGUUAAUAGUUUAGAUGUUUUAGGAUCAUGUCUUGUAUAUGGAACUGAUGCAGAAUCUAUUUAUGUUAGGAAAAACCUCUUUUCAUAAUUUUAUCUCACCAAAAUAGAUUCUGCACAAUAACAUAGUAUAAUUGAGAAUGGGAGUUCUAAAAGCCAGAAUCCAUACUCUUUUCUACAAUUAUGAUUAAACUAGGGGCAUAAUUUGGAAUUGCAGAUGGAAUCCAAUUCAUAUUGCAGCCUUACCUCUUUAACCAAGUUACAUAAGGUAACCUAACAGCCUUUUCUUUCUAGUUCAUAGGUUACUAACUCCUUUUUGCAGUAAGCUGCCUAAAGCUCAAAAAUGUAAAAAAAGAUUGUUCAACCACUUUAACAGUUCUCCAAUAACUAUGAAGAGUGAAAUCAUUCUUUGUGUUUAUAGUGGCAAUAAGCUAACUUUCCAAACAAAGACUGCUUUUGGGAGACUUUGGUACGUAAAAAUGCAGUAAAGAGACUUCUCAUAGAUGUUAGAAAAAAGGUAAAUGUUAGCAAAGGAGAACAGAAACAGUAGUCUUGUUAAAAAUCCUUCAGAAAUUUUAACAGUAAACGAUGCAAUUUUUAAUAGCACCUUUAAUGUAACACUGCUUACCUCAACACUAACUAUCUGUUGAAAAGACCAAUCUUUGGCUUGUAAUAUGAAUUCUGUUUAGACUAACACCAUUACUAAGAAUUUUUAUUUGGAAGUAAGCCCUAUGGAUUUCAGUGAGACUUUUCUCCAGUUAAAUGUGCUUUGGUUCAACUGCCUUAAUUGGUUAAAAAAUGUAACUGUAAAACUAUUGAAAAAAAUCACUGACUGCAUGGAUCAUUAGUAAUCAGGAAACUUUUUUUAUUAAAUUGUCGCUAUAAGUUGCUUUUCUUACA